UAUUGAACUCAUUGACCUUAAUAAAUACAACACACACCAUUCUCAUAUUCUUCAUGCUGAGAUCUUCAAACCAUCUUCUAAUAAGUUCUUUUAGUUCUUGAAUCAGAUAGAAGAUGCUACAUUGCAAGCAUCUCUUAUCCCCUUUGAGCUUCAAGAGAAAAGUAGUUGCAGUAGCAACACCCAACAACCUCACAUCAAUCAAUCACAGGCCACUACUGUUGCCUAAAUUGCCUGGUUUCUUGAGCAUGGAUGAUGUUACACGAUCUCAACCGUUGCCUUUGGCUUCAACAGCUGCCAAGGCAUCCCAGAACAACACCAUUGAUCCACACCCCAACUAUGAGGGCAUGAAGAUCAAAGGGAGGGUGGUGUUGAUGAAGAAGAAUGUUCUGGACUUGAACGACCUUACAGCAUCGGUUCUCGAUCGUGUUGAAGAGCUGGUAGGCAAAGCGGUUUCUCUGCAGCUCAUUAGUUCUGUCAAUGGUGACCCUGAAAAGGGGUCCCCAGGAAAAGUUGGAAAGCCAGCAUAUUUGGAAAAUUGGAUUACCACAAUCACCCCCUUAACAGCAGGGGACUCUGCAUUUGAUAUUACUUUUGAUUGGGAUGAGGAGAUUGGGGUCCCAGGAGCAUUUAUAAUUAGAAAUGAUCAUCACAGUGAGUUUUACUUGAAGACUCUCACGCUUGAAGAUGUUCCUGGUGAAGGUCAAAUCCACUUUGUCUGCAACUCAUGGGUGUACCCUGCUGACAAGUACAAAAAAGACCGCAUUUUCUUCGCAAACAAGACUUAUCUUUCAAGUGACACACCGAAGCCACUACAGAAAUUCAGAGAAGAAGAGCUAGUAAACUUGAGAGGAGAUGAUGAUGAUAAAACAAGAGAGCUUCAGGAAUGGGACAGGGUCUAUGACUAUGCCUAUUACAAUGAUUUGGGGAAUCCAGAUAAGGGUCAGGAGUAUGCCCGUCCAGUUCUCGGAGGGUCGAGUGAGUUCCCUUAUCCUCGCAGGGGAAGAACAGGAAGACCACCAACUGAGACAGAUCCUAACACUGAGAGCCAGCUGAAGCUUAUUAUGAGCCUAAAUAUAUACGUUCCAAGAGACGAACGAUUUGGUCCCUUGAAAUUGUCAGACUUGCUUGCUUAUGGUUUGAAAACCAUACCUCAGGUCCUUAAACCUGAGCUAGCAGCUCUACUUGUUGGCAGCCACAAUGAGUUCAACAACAUGCAAGAAGUACUUAAGCUCUAUGAAGGAGGUAUAGAGUUGCCUGAUGGUAUACUAAAAUAUAUUAGGGAUAGCAUACAUGAAGAGCUGUUCAAGGAACUUUUUCGAACUGAUGGUGAAAAAUUCCUCAAAUUCCCAGUGCCUCAAGUGAUCCAAGACAAUAAGUCGGCAUGGAGAACUGAUGAAGAAUUUGCAAGAGAAAUGCUGGCUGGAGUAAAUCCUGUCGCCAUUCGUCGUCUCCAAGAAUUUCCACCUGCUAGCAAGUUAGACCAAAAAGCAUAUGGGGAUCAAACAAGUCAAAUAACCAAAGAACACAUAGAACAUAACUUAAAAGGACUGAGCAUAGAUGAGGCAAUCAAGAACAACAAGCUAUUCAUAUUAGACCACCAUGAUGAAUUGAUGCCGUACCUGAGGCGUAUAAACACAACUUCCACAAAAACUUAUUCAAGCAGAACACUCCUUUUCUUAGAAAAUGAUGGGACUUUGAAGCCAUUAGCUAUUGAGUUAAGCUUGCCACAUCCUGAUGGAGAUCAAUUUGGCUGCAUUAGCAAAGUCUAUACUCCCUCUAGCCAGGGCGUCGAGAGUUCCAUUUGGCAACUUGCUAAAGCUUAUGUGAAUGUAAAUGACUCUGGCCAUCAUCAGCUCAUCAGCCACUGGUUAAAAACUCAUGCAGUGAUUGAACCGUUUGUGAUAGCAGCAAAUCGGCAGUUGAGCGUGCUUCACCCAAUUCAUAAACUUCUGCAUCCUCAUUUUCGUGAAACUAUGAAUGCAAACGCAAUAGCUAGAGAGGUUCUUACAAAUGCCGGUGGAAUUAUAGAGGAAACAGUCUUUCCUGCAAAGUUUUCAAUGGAAUGGUCGUCUGUAAUGUACAAGAACUGGGUCUUUCCUGAACAAGCACUUCCCGUGGAUCUCAUCAAAAGAGGAAUGGCGGUUGAAGAUCCAAAAUCGUCACAUAGUGUACGCUUACUGAUAGAGGACUAUCCAUAUGCUGCUGAUGGGCUUGAGAUAUGGUCUGCAAUUAAAACAUGGGUUAAAGAGUAUUGCUCCUUCUACCAUAAAGAUGAACCAUGGUGGCCUAAAAUGCGGACUUGUGAAGAGCUGAUAGAAUCAUGCACCAUUGUCAUAUGGCUCUCUUCAGCCUAUCAUGCAGCAAUCAACUAUGGCCAGUACUCUAUAGGUGGAUACGUCCCAAACCGGCCAACCAUAAGCCUGCACUUCAUGCCGGAAGAAGGCACUCCUGAGUAUGAGGAACUCAAAACUAACCCUGACAAGGCAUUCUUGAAAACAUUUACACCUCAGCUGCAGACCCUGCUUGGCAUGGCCUCCAUAGAAAUCUUAUCAAGGCACCCAGUUGAUGAGCUUUAUCUGGGGCAGAGAGGCACCCCAGAAUGGACAACAGAUGCAAACAUGUUGCAAGCCUCUGAGGAUUUUAGAAAGAAGCUGGAAGGAAUUGAGAAAAGAAUUAUAAAAAUGAACAAGGAUGAGAAAUUGAAGAACCGAGUUGGACCAGCCAAGAUCCCAUACACUUUGCUCUAUCCUUCUAGUGAGCCUGGACUUACUGGCAAGGGAAUUCCCAACAGUGUUAACAUCUAA